AUGAAGCCAUUGGCGUAUCAACUCAGAUAUCCUCGGCUCAACAUUGAAAUGUAUACCGACACUGUUUACGGCAAGGUCACUUCCCUCCUGGGAAACAAGUGUGCCCAGGUCUACUGCACACCGUUUCAUUGGUGCCAUGUUGACCCGAUGAAGACCAAGUCGGAGGCUCACUUGACUUUAGACUCACUUUUCCAGAAGAUUGGAGUACCGAGAGUCCUGAUUCCAGACAACGCGAAGGAGCUUACUAUGGGAGAGUUCCGACGAAAGGCACAACGAGUUCAGUGCCCUAUCCAUCCGGUUGAGGCUUACACACCCAACCAGAACUUUGCGGAAGAUCUAAUCCGAGAGCUGAAGAGAACUUACAGGAGAACAAUGACGACUACUGACAGCUUGGAAUGUCUCUGGGACAUGUGUUUCAUCUUCUGCGGGCUGACUCGCAGCCACGCUGCAUUACUGAUCCGAGAGUUGGAUGGCCAAGUUCCCGCUACCCUAUUGACAGGGGACACUGCUGACAUCUCACAUAUUUGUGAGUUUGGAUGGUAUGAUUGGGUUUGGUACCUUUCUCCUGAGAGACAGGGCGAGUCAAUGGAAAGGAAGCGCCUUGGUCGCUACUGUGGCCCCAGCACUGACAUUGGGGACGCUAUGUGUGCCCGUAUCCUCACCGAGAAGGGCCAGUUGGUCUCUAGGACAUCUGUUAUCCCCUUAUCGGACCAGGAGAAGCUGAGCCCGGUGAUUGAAUCCAAGAAGGCAGCAUUCACAGAAUCCCUUAAGAAGUCCCUUGGCAAGCGUUAUGUUUUGGCCAGCAGUGAUGAUGCUGAAUCUCGUCAGGAUGAAGAGAUACCAGAGUACUAUGAGCCAAUUGAUGACCGUGACCCAGCUCCUCUGCCAGAGUUGGAGACCAAAUGUCUUAUGGCACAGUCACCAGGCGCAAGAGGAACUCAGAUGGAAAACUGA